UCCGUUUGGUGAUUUUACUUAUGUUGGCAUUGCUGAUUUGUUGUCAGAUUGAAUACCAACAUUCCAAAAACAUUUCCUUCUCUGCAGAGUGGUUGAAACAGUAGGAGCCAUGUCUGCCCACAAGACAUUUAUUAUCAAGCGGAAGCUUGCAAAGAAACUCAAGCAAAAUAGGCCGAUCCCCCAAUGGGUCCGCAUGCGAACAGGAAACACAAUUCGUUACAAUGCGAAGCGGCGUCACUGGCGUAGAACAAAACUAAAGUUGUAAAGCUUUUUGACAUCCAUUACAUAUUAAAUAAAAGUUUGUCAUAUUA